AUGAGCGCAUCGGCAGUCAAUGAGUCGUUCCCUUUAUGGGCAUUACUACCGAAACGGGAAACCACUGCCCAGUCAUUCAUAGAUAAAUACCCUGAAUAUGAUGGCAGAGGGAUUAAAAUUGCAAUCUUUGACUCUGGAGUUGACCCCGGUGCUGAUGGACUACAGACUACAAGCGAUGGUAAACCAAAAAUCAUAGAUAUGAUGGACGCUACCGGUGCCGGUGAUGUGGACACCAGUACUGUUGUUGAGGCCGAUGGACAGGGAUUCAUCACUGGACUCACCGGAACUAAACUCAAAAUACCGGGCCAUUGGGUUAACCCUUCGGGCAAAUAUCACAUCGGAAUGAAAAAUAUAUAUGAAUUAUAUCCGGAAGGAGUGCGCACUCGGAUAGCCCGGGAGUAUAGGGAAACCUAUUUGGUACCGACCCAUACCACUAUCAAAGCUGAGGCGGUACGAGAGCUCCGGGACUUUGUGGACAAACACCCGGAGGCUUCAAAUGACACUUUCGAUGAGAAACUAAUUCGUGAAGACUUGAAAUCAAGAGUGGAUUUCCUGAAGGACAUGGAGACCAACACUAUGUUCAAGGAUUUGGGCCCUACUUGUGAUUGUGUGGUGUUUUAUGACGGAUCCCAUUGGAUGGCUGUUAUACAUACGAGUGGCACCGGUAAUCUAGAAGACUGUACACUGUUAGGCAAUUACAGGGAGUGCCUAACGUACGGAACAAUUUCUGAUAGAGCAUCUCAUGGCACACACGUGGCCAGUAUAGCUGCGGCUAACUUUCCCAAUGAUCCCGAUAGGAAUGGUGUGGCACCGGGAGCUCAGAUCGUCAGCAUCUGUAUCGAUGAUAUACGUUAUGAUCGCUGCAAUGGGUCCAGUCUUGUGAGAGCACUUAAUAAAGCCAUCGAAACGGGCUGUCAUGUCAUUAAUAUGAGUUAUAACGUGUCCAGACAGUACUUUGAUGGCCCUGUUUUAGACUUAAUGAGUGAAGUGGUCAACAAAUACGGCAUUUUGUUUGUCAUAUCUGCCAAUAACUCCGGGCCCUCCCUGUCCACCGUAAACACGAUAAGGACUGUACACUCGGCAUCGUUUAUUAGUGUAGGUGCCUAUUUGUCCCCCGAUAUGAUGUCAUCCGUCUACUCCAUGAAUAAUCAGAUACCAGGCCUCAUGUAUCACUUUACAGGCCGGGGUCCUACAUUAUUGGGUGAUUUGGGUGUAACGGUAUGCGCACCGGGAGGGGCCAUAACAUCGGUACCUACGUGUGAACUAUCGAGAGCCCAGUUAAUAAAUGGCACGUCAAUGAGUGCCCCAAACUGUGCCGGAUGUCUGUGUCUCUUAUUGUCGGGUCUUAAGGCUCUAAAUGUCGAGUACUCGCCGUAUAGUAUGCGUCGGGCUAUUGAAAACACUGCCCUUAAAAUUGAAAACUACGAGCCCCUCACCCAUGGACACGGACUUAUACAGGUGAACAAAGCGUUUGAACAUUUGACUCAAUAUAAAGGUGAGAUUGAAAUGGACGUCCGUUUUCACGUAACCUGUGGACAAGGAUUAGGUGUUUAUCUGCGGGAAGCCGUCGAUGUAAUGAACCCAUCCCUUCAUGUCAUCAAAAUUGAACCCAUUUUCUUGAAUAACAAACAAAUCGAUAAUAAACGAAAAGUAGAUUUCGAAAUGAAUUUAAGUCUGGUUUGCGAUAACGAGUGGAUUACUUGUCCCGAGUUUUUGCACAUGACUUACGAUAAAAGGGAAAUCACUAUUGGGGUCGACCCGCGACCACUCAACGAGGAUAGUGUCAACUUUGCGCUGAUUAAAGCUUAUGAUGUAAAAUAUGCGGAAAAGGGACCGAAUGCCAGAAAAGAGGACCAUACAAAUUACUCAGAUUUAUAA